UCAGCAGAGGGUUCACUUUGGUAACAGCUUGUUCUCUACACAACUUUACUGCAAGCUUUCACAUUUGACUGAAACUGUUUCAGACUGAUGAUGAAAAUGUUUCACACAUUGGCUUUUUGCUGUUUGUGCUGUUGCAGCCUGGCUGAUGUGUUUGCUGAUCCGGUCACAGUGAAGUCAGUGUCAGUGACGGAGGGAGAUUCAGUCACUCUAGACUCUGGUCUUACUGACAUGAUGGAUGAUGAUAUGAUUCUGUGGAGGUUUGGAAAUGAAAACAAUGUGAUUGCUGUAAUCAGUGUAAUGACCGACAGCAGCACUGUAUUUGAUGAUGUUCUUGAUGAGAGAUUCAGAGACAGACUGAAGCUGGAUUAUCAAACUGGAUCUCUGAUCAUCACAAACACCAGAACUGAACACACUGGACUCUAUCAACUACAGAGCAACAGUGUGAUCAAGAGAUUCAGUCUCACUGUCUAUGUUCAACUGCCUGUUCCUGUCAUCAGCACCAACUCUUCAAACUUUUCUUCAUUAUCAUUAUCGUCAUAUUGUUCAUUGUUGUGUUCAGUUGUGAAUGUGGGUCAUGUGACUCUCUCCUGGUACAAAGGAAACAGUUUAUUGUCCAGCAUCAGUGUGUCUGAUCUCAGCAUCAGUCUCUCUCUACCUCUGGAGGUGGAAUAUCAGGAGAAAAACAGCUACAGCUGUGUGAUCAACAAUCCCAUCACAAACCAGACCACACAUCUGGACAUCAGCAAACUCUGUCUGACAUGUCCAGAAGUCCACUGUUGUGGUUUUACUGAAGCUGUGAUCCGAUUGGUUAUCUCUGCUCUGGUGGGUGUGGCCACUGUUGCUUUCCUGGUUUAUGACAUCAGAUCUACAAGAGGAGGAGACAAGAAACAGAUAUCAUAAAUAUUGUGAAAUAUCUUUGAGUUUUAAUCUUUAAAGAUAAAACGUUGCAAGGAUUUAAAUUAAAAUACAUUUAUCAAAGAAAACAAGAAGAGGUUUAAUGUGUGGAUGCAAAUAGAAUUGUAAAACCUUUUUUUAUUUUUCGAUUUAUAUGGAAAAAUAAACCACAUUGUCUGGGGAAAGAAACAUAAUUACAUUCAAAGAUAUGGUGGUCUUAAUGUAUUAUUCAGUGAUGUCAAAAAGUUUUGCUUAUCAAUGCUUUCCUUUCAUGGAUCACAAAAUUAAGGCCAUCUGGUGGUUAAGACAAUGAAUAGUUUUUAAUAUUUCCUUUCAUCUUCUAUACUACCAUUCAUUUCAUUAUAUAUUUGCAUAAUAUAUGUUUUAUGUUGCUUUGAAGUAUUUUUAUUAUGAACUGUAAUAGCAAUAAACUAUA